AGCGUGAUCUCUAUCGCUUUCUACCAUCUACAACCAUCGAUCGCUCAUUGCGAAGUGGUUCCAUAAUUUUUUUUUACCGAUAUCGGCUGAGAUAAAUUUCGCAGAAUACGAAAUCACUCUGAAACGCUUACAUGAAGUGUGCAAUUUUCCUUCGUUUCGCGAUUAAGUGAAGGAAAUCAUGACGACGGCACUGUAUUUGGAGCAUUAUUUAGACAGUUUGGAGCAUUUACCCAUUGAAUUACAAAGGAACUUUACAUUGAUGCGAGAUCUAGACACCAGGGCACAGGGUUUAAUGAAAGAUAUAGACAAAUUAGCAGAUGAUUAUUUAAAAAACAUUAAGAAAGAAUCUCCUGAGAAAAGAAAGGAACAAUUUACACAUAUACAAAAUUUAUUCAAUAAGGCAAAAGAGUAUGGAGAUGACAAAGUUCAAUUAGCAAUACAAACAUAUGAAUUAGUAGAUAAACACAUUAGAAGACUAGAUUCAGAUUUGGCAAGGUUCGAAGCUGAGAUACAGGACAAAGCUUUAAUCAGUAGUAGAGCACAAGAAGAGAACAAUGCUAGUAAAAAGGGUAGAAAAAAGUUGAAAGAGAAGGAGAAACGAAAGAAAGGUGCUGCAGGUGCCAGUAGCGAAGACGAGUUAAAAACAGCUAGGAAGAAACAGAAGAAAGGUGGAUCUGUAGCUUCUGCAUCAUCUGCUGGUGCUGUAGGGAGUGGAGCACAAGUGGAUUCUGGCGCACUUGGGCACCCAGCAGAUGUCUUGGAUAUGCCAGUUGAUCCGAAUGAACCAACAUAUUGUUUGUGUCAUCAGGUCUCUUAUGGAGAAAUGAUUGGUUGUGAUAAUCCUGAUUGUCCCAUAGAAUGGUUCCACUUUGCUUGUGUUGGCUUAACUACGAAACCUAAAGGAAAAUGGUACUGCCCUAAAUGCACGCAAGAUAGAAAAAAGAAAUAGGUCUUAAGGAUCGCGUACAAUUGUUGGUUGUAUUUUAAAGAAAAAGACUCGUACAUUAUUUCUAAAAUUAGCAUAUAUAAACACUUUUCAUGGUUUAACAUGAAAUGAAAUUGAAUUGUAUAAAAAAAGGUAAAAAAUUUGGAAAAAAAAAUGAAACAAGAGGGGAAACAAAAAGAAAGUGCUAAUAGCUGAAUUUAUAUUGAAUCCAACGUUGCUACAAAAGAGUAUAUCUUUUUUUAGGAACAGACGGAUAUUGAAUAUAUUUGUCAUGUAUUGCCGGCAAUGUUAGAUAUAAUGAAAUUACAGCAAAAUGUUAGCUAAUCACAGAAAUGAAGAAUUUGAGAAUCGGCCAUGAUUAUUAUUCUCCCUUCCUAUGUUUCUCUUUUUAGAUGUACAAAGUAGUAAUUUAUUAUAAAGAAUUAAAAUUCAAACAAGAGCUUUACAACUUUCUAUAUCAUUUUUUCGUUGGCCGCUUUUUGAACAUCUGUGAUUCGCUUCUCAAAGUUCUGUCUUUAAACUAAGUAUUGACACGUAAUUAUAGUAUUAAAAUUAAAAUUAUUACUGUUUUUAUAUUUUAUAAAUGUAAAUGACACUGUAUAGAGAGUAAGAUUUUUGUUGAAAUAAAAUAUACAAUAUAAAUAAACUUUUUAUAUAUAA